AUGAUUCAACAUCCUGGAAUCAAGAAUGAAACAGCAAUUAUUUUGAAAGGACUUCAGGGAACAGGUAAAAACAGAUUUACAGACAUUAUUUCUGAACUUCUCGCUGGUUAUUCAUGUAAAAACAUUACUGAAAUAAGUGAGUUAACGGGUAAUUUCAAUUCAGUUGUUGAAAAUAAAAUGUUUCUUGUACUUAAUGAACUCAAGAAUGUUGGUGAAGACAGACUCGCAAACUUCAACGCUUUGAAAUCAAUUAUAACGGAUAAUGAGAUUAGAAUUAAUGAAAAGAAUCAACCCAGAAGAACUGCUCAGAACGUUGCAAACUUCAUUUUCGUAACUAAUAACGUUUACCCUGUCAAAAUUGAAGUUGGAGACAGAAGAUACGUAGUUUUAAGAGUUAAUGGUAAAUUCAAGGGUCAAUUUGAUUACUUCAAGAAUUUGAUGGAUUCAUGCACAAAGGAAUUUUAUGAUAACCUUUUAACAUAUUUUAUGCAAUAUGACCUUUCAUCAUUUAAUGUACGAAUCAUACCGAUGACUGAAGCCAAACAAGAUUUAAUUGAAUUAUCAACAAAUCCUUUAGAUGAAUGGAUAAAUACACAUUAUGAUGAAUUGAGUGCGGGUAUGAUGUGUAAAAAUGCUGUAUUCUGCAAACCAUCAGACAUGAAAGACAAGAAUUUUCAAAUGAGCAUUAAGGAUAAAUGUGAUAGGAAACAGAGAAGAAUAGAUGGUAAACAAACAUGGUGUUAUGUUUUGAAAGAAGAAAUGAAAGGAUUAUAUAAACAGGUUGAACCAAACGAUAAUGAGGAUUCAUUUACUGAUGAUGAAAUACCUGUAAAUGAGGCAGUAUAA